AUGGCCCCUCCGUCGUCCUUCCCCGAUAACUCGGUAGACUGGCAAAAUGCUCCGUCCCCGGACGACUCAGACGCUCUCGAGAGAUGGCUCUUGACUCGUAUGGCGCAUCUGAGCGCUGAGCAGGGAUCCGAUCCAGCAGCCUAUCAGUAUCCACGAGCUCCCGCUGACGCUGAGCGUCAUUGGACGUGCAUCUUGACAAGCAAGGACCCCGACGCGAAGUACAAAGACGACGCUCGUGCGAUCGACCUCGGGAUGUUCUUCGACGUCCCGAACGGCUUCAGACUGGAUCGCAGAUCCGCCCCGGGACUGGUCGCUCAGGACCCUGGUGCGGCCGUCAAUCUGCUCCGCGCGAUGCAUCAUGCACGUCUCCCAUGCGGGAGGUACAUGGCUCUAUGGGCAACCACUGACGCCCUCACGGAAGCAUGUUGCUCCUUGGCUCCCGGCUUCUGGAAGGCUGUUACAGCGGUUGGCAUUACAGACUUCUGGCUAGAGGCUGUCAGGGAAGAUACAUUCUUUGGAGAGUUCUUGUCUUGGGUCAUAUCUAUCAUACGACAGAUCUCAUGCGCGCUCGAGUAUUGUGCCACUCAGCGGCAGCUUGAUAUGAUCGGACGACGGGGAGAUGAUCUAGGCAUGUCCGCGGCCCUCAACCAUAUCAUAUCGGUUACAUGUGGAAACGCGUUGAAGAAUCAAGAGACUUUCCAGCGCAUCACGGCGCCGGACGGCACGGUAGUCAUCGACGAGCAAGGGCUUCGCCUCACCAAGUUGUUGCGAGAGAAGAUGGGCGACCUCCUGGUGCUGUAUCAUUCCAUAUAUACCCCUACGAACAUUCAUGAUGUGGAUUACUGGGCCGCGAUCAUGCGUUCUCCGGACUACGUGGAUAUACAGCGGAUGGUCAUCAGGUCAUGGUACAUGAACGAGGACAACACUCCGCCUCUCGUGGCUGGCCUUCUUGCUUGCGCCUCACUUUAUAUCCAGUCGUCGGGCAUGGAUGCACACGAGCUACGCGACUAUGGCCACGCAGAGAUAUACGCGGUAUAUGGCCUAUCUUUCUUGGAGCGCCUUUCUUCUUGCCUUUGCCAUCCUUCCGUCCUCGAGGAUCCGUUGCGUCAGAUCCUUGUGUUCAUCGCUCGUGUUGUCAACAUACCCGACUACCGCCCUCACCUUCUGUCGUCCGGCACAAUCAAGGCCCUACUUGGCUCUGUGAAUCGUCAGGCUGUUAACGGAAGAGACGACGACAACCUACAAAGCUUGUGUCUCUCGGAGGCACUCGAUGUUUGUCUGUCCGUGAUACUCGAGACACAGUCAGCUUCAGAAUGUGUGACGCUCCUCAUUGAGCUUGACAUCCUAGGCCAUCUCGCCCGUUUAGUACCGCUUUCUAUCCGUUGCUCAUUACCCGAUCCUGCGGCGAGCCUCAUAAAGAGUCUUACUGAACACCUUCCACGACUGCUCGCGCAAGCGGACGAGGGCGAGCACGUUGACAAACUUCUGCGGAACAUGCGUCGUGUCUGGUACCCAAUAAUCCGAGUCGCCACUCCGCUUCUGGCUGCCGGAGCUGUUCAAUCACCGCUGAUCGAUGAUUGGCGCUCACUUGGGGAAACAGCAGGUCUUCAAGAGGAAGAAGAGAUGAACCAUCCAGUUCAGCUGUGUACCUGGAGGCGCUGCCAGUACUACACAGUCCGGCCGCCUACACCCGCUCGCAAGUGCCAAGGAUGUGGUGAAGCGUGCUACUGUAGUCGAGAAUGCCAAAAGCGGGACUGGAGAGACGGAGGACACAGGGCGCGCUGUAGACGCCUCAGGGGUGGCGCUGCGUAG